UUUUGGGCAACACAGUUGUAGUCUGGUCUUCCCAUUGAUCCUAAACCCCAACACACGUUCGAUCCCACCACCACUAUCAAUCAUCAUCAUCAUCAUCGAAGACGUAGAACACACACAUCGUAGAACUCACCAAAUCCAAAACCUUGUUUUUCUGUCGUUCCUUCUCUUCUGUUUUCAUCAGAAUCCAACCAUAGAUCCCCAUUUCAUGUAAAAACGAAAAAAAAUCACUUUUUUUGUUUUUUUUUUUCCAUCUUCCAAACAUGGCCUUCAGCAGCAGACGCAGUGGAAGCUGGGGCCAAUCGAUUCUUCCAUCAUCAAAUCCAAAAUCAAAAGUACCCAGAAAGCAAAGAAGAAGAGCACAGCUCAAAGAUUUCAUCUUUUCCAAUUUCUUCACCAUUGGUCUUGUUUUCUCCUUCGCCCUAUUCCUCAUAAUCCUCCUCCGAUUUGGGGUUCCCAAACCCAUCACAUCACACUUCAGGGGUCGUUCUUCUCGAUACAGAAAACCCUUAAGCAGAAAACCGGUUCUUCUCAAAGGAAACAGCAAUGUUAACUACACUGCCAUGGCUGCAAGUGUUGAUAUCACUACCAAAGCUCUCUAUGACAAGAUUGAGUUCUUGGAUGUUGAUGGUGGCGCUUGGAAGCAAGGUUGGAGUGUUACUUAUAAAGGGAAUGAGUGGGAUAAUGAGAAACUGAAGGUUUUUGUUGUUCCUCAUUCGCAUAAUGAUCCUGGUUGGAAGCUCACUGUGGAGGAGUAUUAUGAUCGCCAAUCGCGGCAUAUACUUGAUACCAUUGUUGAAGCACUUAGAAAGGAUUCUCGCCGGAAGUUCAUAUGGGAAGAGAUGUCAUACUUAGAGAGAUGGUGGAGGGAUGCCUCAAAUGAGAUGAAGGAAGCAUUCACCAAUUUAUUAAAUAACGGGCAACUAGAAAUUGUUGGAGGUGGCUGGGUGAUGAAUGACGAGGCGAAUUCCCAUUAUUAUGCUAUAAUUGAACAGGUGACAGAAGGCAAUCUGUGGUUGAAUGAAACCCUUGGAUUCAUUCCAAAAAAUUCUUGGGCGAUAGAUCCAUUUGGUUAUUCAGCUACCAUGGCAUACCUUUUGCGUCGUAUGGGUUUCGACAACAUGCUUAUCCAGAGGACCCAUUACGAGCUGAAGAAAGAACUUGCAUGGCAUAAGAAUUUAGAAUACAUAUGGCGUCAGAGCUGGGAUGCAGAGGAAACAACUGAUAUUUUUGUCCACAUGAUGCCCUUUUAUUCAUAUGAUAUACCUCAUACAUGUGGCCCCGAGCCUGCAAUUUGUUGUCAAUUUGACUUUGCUCGCAUGCCCGGUUUUCCUUAUGAACAGUGCCCAUGGAGAAUAAAUCCUGAGGAAACCACUCAGGAUAAUGUUCAGGAGAGAGCACUUAAGCUCCUGGAUCAAUAUAAGAAAAAAUCUACUUUGUACCGAACCAACACUCUUCUUAUUCCUCUUGGUGAUGAUUUUCGCUAUAUUAAUAUUGAGGAAGCAGAAGCCCAAUUCAGGAAUUACCAAAGUUUAUUUGAUUAUAUUAAUUCAAAUCCCAGUCUGAAUGCAGAGGCAAAAUUCGGCACUUUGGAUGAUUACUUUCAAACCCUGCGUGAGGAGUCAGAGAGAAUAAAUUAUACUGUUCGCGGUGAAAUAGGGUCUAGUAUAGUUGAAGGUUUUCCUUCUCUGUCAGGUGAUUUUUUUACCUAUGCUGAUCGGGAAAAAGAUUACUGGAGUGGUUAUUAUGUUUCACGGCCCUUCUUCAAGGCUGUGGAUAGGGUACUAGAGCAGACACUUCGCGCCACAGAAAUGAUGGUAGCCCUAGUACUCGGAAUAUGUCAUAGAUCAAAUUGUGAGAAACUGGGAACGGGGUUUUCAUAUAAGUUAACUGCGGCAAGAAGGAACUUGGCUCUUUUUCAGCAUCAUGAUGGGGUAACUGGUACUGCUAAAGAUCAUGUGGUUAUGGACUAUGGUAUGCGGAUGCACACUUCAUUACAGGACCUGCAGCUUUUUAUGUCGAAGGCCAUUGAGCCUCUUCUCGGUAUCCGCUUUGAGAAAUUAGAUGUAACUCCGGCUCAGUUUGAGCCGUCAUUGGUGAGAACUAAAUAUGAUGCUCAGCCAUUGCAUAAAGUGAUUGGUAUUCGGGAGGGUGUUUACCAAACAGUGGUACUUUUCAAUCCUUUGGAGCAAACCAGAGAAGAAGUUGUAAUGGUGGUUGUUGACAGUCCUGAUGUUACUGUAGUUGAUUCUAACUGGAGUUGCAUUCAAAGCCAAAUUUCUCCGGAUUUGCAGCAUCAUAAUAGCAAGAUCUUUACUGGGAAGCAUCGACUUCACUGGGAGGUCUCCAUUCCUGCAAUGGGGUUGGAGACUUAUUACAUUUCGCAUGGUUUUGAUGGCUGUGCAAAGGCAGUGCCUGCAAAAUUGAAAAUUUCCUCCAAAUCUGGUUCCGUUCCCUGUCUUACUCCGUACUCUUGCUCAGAAAUACAAGGUGAUGUGGCUGAAAUUGAGAAUCAGCAUAAAAAACUUACCUUUGAUGUGAGGAAUGGUUUGUUGCAGAAGAUAUCCUUGAAACAUGGUUCUCCAACUACUGUAAAUGAGGAAAUCGGUAUGUAUACUAGUUCGGGUGGAGCAUACUUGUUCAAACCUAGGGGUCAUGCUCAGUCUAUUAUCGAAGAAGGUGGACAAUUGCUGAUCUCAGAAGGCCCUUUGAUGCAGGAAGUAUACUCGUAUCCGAAAACAGGUUGGGCGGAUUCUCCCAUUUCUCAUAGCACUCGCCUAUAUAAUGGAGAGAAUACAGUCCAAGGGUUUGUUGUUGAAAAGGAAUAUCAUGUGGAGAUGAAUAGCCAUGCUUUCAAUGAUAGAGAGAUGAUAGUUAGAUACAAAACAGAUGUUGAUAAUAACAGGAUAUUUUAUUCUGAUUUGAAUGGAUUUCAGAUGAGCCGACGGGAAACUUAUGAUAAGAUCCCCUUGCAAGGCAAUUUCUACCCUAUGCCGUCUCUUGCAUUCAUUCAAGGAUCCAGUGGCUCACGGUUUUCUGUCCAUUCUCGGCAAUCACUGGGUGCAGCAAGCCUUCAAGAUGGAUGGCUAGAGAUAAUGCUUGACCGUCGCCUGCCGAGAGAUGAUGGUCGUGGUCUCGGCCAAGGAGUGACGGAUAACCGUGUGAUGAAUGUUGUCUUCCACAUAACUUUGGAACGUAACGUUUCUGCCGUCACAAAUUUGGGUUCCAGCUCUUUUGCUUUUAGCCCUUCUCUUUUCUCUCACCGAGCCGGUUCUCACUUGAACUAUCCACUACAUGCAUUCAUUUCCAAGAAGGCUCUGGACCUAUCCGCGAAGCCACCACCUAGAUCAUUUUCUCCUCUGGCUGCUCCAUUGCCAUGCGAUUUGCACAUAGUAAACUUAAAGAUUCCCAGGCCCCUAAAGUUUUUGCAGCAAACACCGGAAGGUUCUAGAUUUUCCAUAAUUCUGCACAGGAGACAUUGGGAUUCUUCAUACUGCCGGAAGGGAAGAUCACAAUGCACCAACCUGGCCGAAGACCCUGUGAACCUGUUCUCCAUGUUCAAAGAUCUUGCAGUCGUGAAGGUCAAAGCAACUUCCUUGAAUCUUCUCCAUGAGGACCCGGAAAUAAUGGGAUUCACGGAGCAGUUUGGAGAUCUUGCGCAAGAGGGGCACGUUGUCAUGUCGCCCAUGGAACUGCAAGCAUACAAGUUGGAUCUGCGGCCACCACUACAAUAGAAUCCUCAUCACUAAGCCUUUUUGCCGCUGAUUUAAGCCGAAUUGCAAGGAAUGGUAAGAAUGAACUAUUCUCAAACCGCUUUCUCAUGUAACCAUUGUGUUUAAGGCAGUGCAGGUGAAAACACAAUUUAAGGUAAAAUUCAAGGAAAGAGCAACGGAUUCGGCCGAGGAAGUGUGACCGGAGACUUUUGUAGAUUGCCUCUUAGUAACAAUGUAUGAGCUGAUAGCACCUUGCGGCUUCUUGUUUGUUCAGUAUGUUUCUGUUUUCUUGAACUUAGUUUAAAACAAAAAGGGUGAAUUUUGCUUUAUUGGCUUGCAUGUUAUUGUAGAACACUUCUCUUAGAGGGAGGUUAGUGAUACAUGUACAGAUCUAAUACCUCUAUGUAUGCUAAAGCAGUUAGUUCUUUCUUUGGUUGUAGGCUCAAGAAGUUAGCAAUGUUGAACAUUGACAUGAUUGUAGUUUUUGACUCUUCAUUCAUGAUGAGCACUAUGAAUGAUGCUUGAACAUUAUGAAUGAUGUUCUGUUUAGAA